CUGGGAUUUGAAAUGUGCCUGAAGAACUUAGCUCAAACAGGUGUUCGAUAAGUCGUUCUUACAAAGGAAGUUUUCAACUCCUUUUGAUGGAAUGGAUUGGUUUAGUAUCCCUUCUGCUUCAUUUAUUUGAUGUCUCCAACUUUCGCAACUCUUCUCAUGCUGGUUUUGAACAGAUGGAAACAUCGGAGCUCGCAAAUAAUCACUCUCCCCACCUUGGAUGGUAUGAAUGGUCUUCCACUGUAAUGCUGGCUUUCUGUAGUAUUGACCUGUUUCUAAUGGUUGUUUUCCCUGGAGAAUGCAGGGCUAAUGCUAAAUCGACGGGAAAGAAUGACGUCAGAAACUUACGGCUUUGGAUUCGAACCAAACUGUCCGAUCCUCUAUUUACUAGAAAGAAACUAGAAGGAGAGGGGGGUGCUUGCAUUUCUGUUGCCGUGAUCGAUGCAAAUACAAGGGAUGUUGUUAGAUCAGGUCCUGAAUCCUCCAUUAAGUUGGACGUCGUUGUGCUUGAAGGGGACUUCAACAAAGAUGAUGAGGAUAACUGGGCUCUAGAAGAGUUUGAGAACUACGUGGUUAAAGAACGUGAACGAAAGGGGCCUCUUUUGACAGGAGAUCUCCAGGUGACUCUCAAGGAAGGUGUUGGGGAGCUGGGAGAGCUGAUAUUUACAGACAAUUCCAGCUGGAAUAGGAGUAAAAGAUUCAGGAUAGGCCUUAAGGUGGCAUCAAGUCAUUGUGGAAAUACACGAAUCCGGGAAGCAAAAACUGAUGCUUUUCGUGUCAAGGAACAUAGAGGAGAAUCUAACAAGAAACAUUAUCCACCUGCAUCUGAUGAUGAGGUCUGGAGGUUGGAGAAGAUUGCCAAAGAUGGGAUAUCUCACCGAAAACUGAGCGAAGCCGGAAUACAUAAAGUGGAGGACUUUCUACGGCGACUGGCUGCGGACUCCAAGAAUCUGAGAGAGGUUCUUGGAAAGAGCAUGACACAGAAGAACUGGGAAUGCCUCGUAAAACAUGCAGAGACUUGCAAAAAUUGGAGAACUUAUUUGGACUAUCCUAAUGGCAUGCGGAAGCAUGCUGCUGUAUUGAACACUGAUGGUCAAAAGACCGGCCUAACCGAAGACACGGUAUAUUUUGCUAUUCAUCGACUUUCUGCCCAAGAGAAGAUAAGUAAUUAAGGAGUUCCU